AUGGCAUUUAGGUUCGACAAACUGAAAGAGGUGCUCUUUUUUGGUACAGUUUUCAAAAUUUCUGGAAAUUUAGAUUUUUUGAGUUUUUAUGAGUACUAUUGACUACGGUAGAUUAGGGGUUUAGAAGUUUAAAAACUGGUUUUGUUCGAUUUUAGCAGUUUUAGCACUAAUUUUAGCUUGUUUUUCUACUUUUAGUACUAGUGUUAGCUUGCUUUUUAGUUUUAGUACUACUAGAACAAAAAAGUUUCAUAGUACUAACGUUAGUAAAUAAGCAAUUUCAUGAUUUGUUAGUAAUAGUUUCGACAACUUUUCAUGCUUAUAGCCAUUUUUGGUGCUAUUAGUACUGGUUUGGCAAAUUUUUAAUGAUAAAAGGACUAGUUUUUGAGGAUUUCUGAUAGAACUGGUACAAUUUGUGACAUUUUUUUGUAUUAGCCGUACUAGUUUGGGCUGGUUUUUGUCAUCUUAGGACUAACUUUGGCAAUUCUCACUUUAUCAGUACUCAUGUUCUUUCAUAACUAGUUUCACUCUCGUAGUAUUGUACUAGCUGUUUUCCAUGUUACUAGUAAUAGUGCCGUUAGUUUUUAUAAGUUUGGUACAAUGAGAGCGUCCUUUCUAAAUUUAUGAGAUUAAUUGUACUUUUGGUUGCUAUCAAUAGAUUUGACAUUAGUUUUGAGGCAAAUUACCUUGUUUACGACCAGUUUGCGGAAGUUGGAUAUUGAAGAAGAUCAUUGGCUAUUAUUUUUUGAUCAAAAAGUUGAACUUCCUGGGCUAUAGUAUUAAAUAAUCUGUUAAAAAUGAAUGGAAAGUUCAUCUUGAGGCUUUUCAAAAAAUUUUUUCUUGUUCUAGGAUGUGCAACUUAAUUUAUGAGGUUAUAUUAAGGUAAAGUUAGCUUAAACAAUAGUAUUAAAGCGAAGAGUUUGAUUAAUACAGAACUUCUAAUACUAAAAUUUACAUAAUUUUAAAAUUUAUUUUAUUUUCUGAGCUUCAAACUCAAUAUAAACCUAAAAUUUCUAAACUCACGACGAAAGCGUUCUUCUAUUUCUAUCAAUCUCAACUUUAGGUUGGCGAUGAAUUGCCAGAAUCAGGCCUCAAGAUCAGCGCCGAACGUCGACGAGAACUUUUGAAGUUCUCCGGCGGAAACUCACAAGCUGAUGGAGAUUCAGAAGACGAGAUCACAGAAUCCAUCUCCGAAUUACCGUCUUUCUCGAAAAAGGGCGGCGUUGGGUCGGUGCCUGGAACUCCCACACAGGUUCGACAUGUUGGACUAACUAUCAACUAACACUUCUUGUGAUAAGGGCUAAUAUCGCAUCGACUAAGGUGUCUUGCGAAACGACUAAUAUUUAUGGUUUAUACCUAUAACAACAUGAUUUGAAUGCAGUCCGGUUUCUUCUGUUAGUAUUGGUACUGUUGUGUCGGUAAUAUGUUUAUUAGUAUUAUUUGUAUGUUUCACUGUUGUUUUGUAUCAUUUCGUUCAUGUGCGAACUUGUUAUUUUGUUUUAUGUUGAUUUAGGUAUAGCUAACUGAAGGUAGAGCCUUAAAAGCAAUUUUAAUUGUCAAAAACUAGGUUACUUGGUUCAGUCCGUUGUAAUUUAGUGUAAUUAGUCCUAGUUUACCAUAAAAUCAGUUUAUUGUCCAUGUUAAUAUCCUGUCCUACUUUCAGAGCUCUCAAGGUGGAGCUCAGAAGGAGCCGUCCACUUCCAUGUCCUCAGGGGUAAGUGACAGGUCAUGUUUGUGUUAAUGUGUUGUUCAGAAGAUAAAUGGCGACGGAGAUGCGCCCAAGAAGAAGGUGGUGAAGAAGCGUGUGGUCAAGAAGAAAGAGCCGGCUCCAGAAAGUUCCGACGCCAAACCGGCUGCCAAAAAGGUUGAUUUUUUUGAUUUUUUGGGCUGUAAAUGUCAUUUUUAUGUAGUAUGAGUAUAUUUUGUACAAGUAUAUGUUUGCUGCUGUGACUUUUUACAUGUUAUAAGCAUGAUAUGAACGAAAAUUAGCAUAUUAGGAAUUUGAAAUUUUUAAUUUUGCACGGUGCAGUGACAAAAGGCUUGUAGAAUAUAGUGUUAUCAAUGCUUAUUAUCUGCCCAAAUGUUUAAAGUUAAUUUUUCAACCACGAUUUACAGGAAAAUGGACAGCCUUUCUUACAAGUCGGUCGUAAAGACACGUUGACCGAUGACAGGGUUAGUUUUUGUUAUCCAUCGUUGUUUCACCUCUACCUUAUUAUGAACUAACUUUAUCAUUGUCAUACACUUUAACAUUCAGCCUAUCCUUUGUUUGAUCCCUUUAUACUCUUUGUCUACCUUAUCUUACUAUGUUUGUUCUUUUCCUAUUGUACCUUUUCCCAUUUCCCUAUUGAAGGCUUUUUAUACCUAAAAAUGGAUUUGUCCUACUGUAAGGUACAUUACAUUAUCCUACUGUAAAAAAGUUACCGUUUAUAUUACCCUAAUGUAAAAUACGUUACUUUUUAAAUUACCUUAAUGUAAAACAAGUUACCCUCACGUCAAGGUUUUGUAAGAUUGUACUGUUAUGUUUGUACCAGUACUCCCUUUGUACCCUCAGCAUCUUUUUGGUAACAUUAGAACUAAUAUUGAGCAUUGGCCAUAAGUAAUGUUUCAGAAUGCCAAAGUAGCCCAAGUUGGGAAGAAAACUGAUAACAAGGCUGAUCCGAGGAAAGGAAGUGCUACUGGGGCCGCAAGGGUACCUUUUACAAGUUUUCUCAUCUUUUUAUCAGUUUUGUUUAUAGUAAUAUCUUUUGAAAAAGUAUUAAAAAUGACUUUUUUCCUUUUCUUUUUCUCAUCAUUUCUCUUCUGUUUUUGUGCUUUCUUUUUCAUUUUUUUUAUCUUUUCUUCUUUCACCGUCUCUUCAUAUCAUCACUUUUCUCAAACUCGUAUUUUAGAACAACUUUUUCAAUGUAAAAUUUAAAUUUCAGAGGAGAAGCAGUGUUGAUAUGCGACGAGAGUCGUUGGCCGAAGUAUUAGACAAGCCCAGCACUCCACUGAAACCGGUCGGCGGAGCUGGAACGCCCGCUAGAAUCAUCGAAAUUCCAGAAUCUGUUACUGUUGUUGAAAGUGGGUUCUUUGGUGUUUUUAAAACUUUUUUUAUUUAAAAUUUUUUUUUAAAAAUCAAUUUUAAAUAAAAAAAUUCAAAUUUAUAUUUUUUUAAAAUUGAAAAAUUUUUGAAUCUUCAGAUGAAACUGCGAUCCUCAAAUGUCGCAUCGAAGGUAACCCCACCCCCACCGUACUCUGGAAGAAGGGUACCCGUGAGAUCCCGAGUGCGGGUCGAACCAAGCAUAUCACAGAUGGAGAACUAGGUCAAGUGUCAUUAGUUAUUGGCAAAUGUAAACCCCCAGACGAGGGCGACUACACUCUCAUCGUACGCAACGCCCAUGGUGCGGAUUCAGUUGACGCUAAACUUCUGGUGACUUCUGAAUCCGGCCUCGACUUCAGAGCCAUGUUGAAGCGACGUGGUACGAGUGCGUUGGACAAGUCCGAAUCCGACGAUAAACCGAAAUCAGACGCCGAACGACGUCAGUCCAUGUUCCCUGGCAAGAAGCCGGAGAAGUGGGAAGAGCCAUUGGCCGCCACCUCCAAGUUCCAACAACAAGUUCACAAGAUCGCCGAGUUGAAGUGUGUCUACUCUCGACCGAAUGCCAAGAUUCGGUGGUACAAGGACAACAAGGAGAUCUUCUCCGGUGGUUUGAAGUACAGGAUUCUGAUUGACAAGGCUAAUAUUACGUUGGUUAUUAAUAAUCCAGAUGUUGAUGACAGUGGAAAGUAUACUUGUGAAGCUAAUGGUAUCAAGACCAACUCUAUGGUUACAGUGGAGGGUGAGUUAGAGAGGUUGUUCGUGGGUUAAAAUUGGUUUUAAGGUUAGGUUUAAGAACUGUUCGAUAGCCCGAAUAUGUCUUUUAUUAGUUUGUUACCUAAAAGUAAACAAAAAUAGCAAUUUUUAUGAAUAUUCUCCUUAAAAUUUAAAAAGUUCAAAAAUCUUUAUCGCUUUGCAAAUAGUAUAAGCUGUAUUUCGGAAACAUUUGGCGGAGGAUGAGGCGUAUACGUGGUGAAGAUAACAUUGUUUGUCUUUUGAAAAGUCCGAUUAAUCGAUCUUUGAGUUGUGACAGGUCUCGGCUAUUGUUAUAUCGGCUUGCACAUGCUUUCGUUUAAACAUUUCACACAUUAGUUCACAAACUUUAGAGUCAGGUUUUGAAAAAAAUGGCAGAAGUUGUGAAUAUAGAUCAUAAUAUACAAAAAUGUUAAAUCAGAGAUAAAAAAACUAUAAAAUGAGAAUAAAAAUUUGCAUAAAUUAAUCAAAAAAAUAAUUUUUCAAUCAAGAUUUUUUAAGUUUAAACCAACCUUAACAUAGAUAACCACAAAUUCUUUCAGAACCCCCGAUAAAGUACGUCUUCCUCAACCCCCUGCCCAACACUCAAGAAAUCUACCGUACCAAGCAAGCGUCCCUUACCUGUAAGGUGAAUAGCGCCCGUGCUCCUCUUGUAUGGUACCGCAACGGGCAACCAAUCAAAGAAGAUGACAAACGCUACAAAGUGGAGAAGGAUGCGGUCGGUCGGUUCACGAUCACCUUCAAAAAGGUCGAACAAGAUGAUCAAGGUGAAUGGUUGGCCAAGAUCAACGACGAAGUCCUAUCCAAAUGUCAAGUAUAUGUUGAAGAACCUCGUGAGACCUUUGUGGUACCACUAAAGUCCCAAAGGGCCAACGAGAAGGAGGAUGCUGCCUUCGAGUGUGAUGUGAACGAUAAGGAAGCCAUCGUGGAGUGGUGGCACGAUGGAGUCAAGAUCGUGAUUGAUGGGAAGAGAUUCAAGACAGAACAACACAACAGAAAGCGACGGCUUUUCAUCACGGGAUGCAGGAAUGAAGACCAUGGUGAAUAUAAAUGUACUACCAAGGACGACAAGACUAUUUGUCAGCUGAUUGUGGAAGGUAGGGCUUUGAUAUGUUUAUUUUAUCAUUCGAAGCAUAGUUUCUUUAACUAUAUUCUCAAUCUACUACAAUAUCUUUCACUUUUCUUUACCUUUAAAAUUGUUUGCCUACUGCAAUAUUUUUACCCUUCUAAACCACAAUUUCAGCCCUGAACAAGUUCAUCACUCCAUUGGUUGAUAUGGAAGUGAUCGAACGUGACGAUGUUGAACUUCGUUGUGAAACCAAGGACACAAAAACUCCUGGAAUCUGGUCCCGUAACGGUCGUAUGAUCAGUUCCAUGCCCGGAGGAAAAUUUGAAACCCAAUCUCGAUCAGGCCAGCAUCUCAUGAAGAUCUCCAAGAUCGAGAUGAACGAAGGCGACAUCUACGAGAUCGACGUCGGAGGAAUGAAAGGAGCGUGCCGAGUCACGGUGUUGGAAGCCGAAAAGAAGCCAGUCAUCAACUGGAAACAACAAAAGAUCGAAUGUGAAGCCGGCAAAGAGAAGAAGAUCAAGAUCCCAUUCUCGGUGAAAGGCACUAGACGAGGAGAUCCGAAGCCAACUCUGUUGAGAAACGGAAAACCAGUCGAUCUGAAGAAGCUGAAAGGUCAAGUUGAAGUUGUUAUCAACGGCGACGUCGCUGAAAUCAUCUUCAAAGACCCGAAACUGGCCGAUGCCGGCAAAUGGACCUUAGAAUUGACCAACUCCGGUGGUUCAGCGAUGGCUCCAUUCGAACUGGGGGUGAAAGGACCUCCAAAACAGCCUAAGGGACCGUUGGAGACUACCGAUGUGACAGCCGAAAGCGCUAAGCUCAAAUGGAAGCCGGCUGAUGCUGAUGAGAACUGUCCAACACGAGGAUAUGUUGUGGAAGUUCAAGAAGGUCGGUCAGGUCAAUGGAAGAAGAUCGGUGAGACUAAGGUGACCGAGUUCUUGGCACGAGACCUCAAAGAGCAUGGAGAAUAUAAAUUCAGAGUGAAAGCUGUCAAUGAAGUUGGUGAAUCAGAUCCUUUGACUGGAGAGACUAUUCUGGCCAAGAAUCCUUAUAGUAAGUUCAUUUUACGAGUUAUGAUGACUAUUUUUUAUUGUAAAAGCUUUCAACUGUCAUGAAGCUUUAUAGCUUACCUAUGAAGAAAAAACUCUAAAAUGAUAAGGUAAUCAAUGACAUUUUCAGAUGUCCCUGGAAAACCACGAGCCAUGGAAGCGGUUGAUAUCGCUGCAGACAGCCUCACACUUCAAUGGAAGCCUCCAGAGGACGAUGGAGGUGCUCCGAUCGAGAGCUACAUCGUCGAACGAAGAGACAAGUCUGAUAAGGACUGGAAUGUGAUCGGACAAGUCCCAGCUGACGGCGACGGACCUCAACAAAUCGUGGAUGAUAAGGUUGUGGAAGGAAAGGAAUACUACUACAGAGUCAAGGCCGUCAACAAAGCCGGUCCUGGUGAUCCAUGUGAUCACGGACGUUCUCACAAAAUCAAAGCUAAACCAAGUAGGUUUUUGGAUACUCUUAUAUAUUAAAUUAAGCUUUACUUCAUAUCUAAACUGGAUAUCAACCAUAAUACAUUCACUUCUUUCCAGGCGAACCCAGAUUCACCCAAGGCGGCAUCAAAGAUCUUCGCCUGAAGGUCGGAGAAACCAUCAAGUACGAGGUCCCAAUUGCCGGAGAGCCUUUGCCAACAGUAUCAUGGGUUGUUAACGGCAAACCAUUGAAGCCUCAAGGCAGAGUGAAGAUGACGACAGAGAAAGGAAAGACCAUUCUCAAGAUCGAGAACGCCGAACGCGGCGAUUCUGGCCAAUUCACGAUACAAUUGAAGAAUCCAAGUGGAAAAUGUGAAUCCUCAGCUAAAGUUACAGUAGUCGGCAGACCAAGUGCACCAAAAGGACCGCUUGGUAUCACCGACAUCAAUGCUGAAGGUGCGAACAUCUCGUGGAAUCCUCCAGACGACGAUGGAGGCGAACCCUUGGAGGAAUAUAUUGUGGAAGCUCAGGAUGUAGAUGAGAAAGGAAAGUUCGUGGUGGUGGGCAAAGUACCCGCUGGUACCACUGAACUCAAAGUGAAAGGCCUCAAGAACAAAGGCAACUACAAGUUCAGAGUGAAGGCCGUGAACAAGGAGGGAGAGUCAGAUCCCCUGGCCUCAGACAAACACGUUCAGAUCAAGGACCCAUGGGACCCUCCAGGCAAACCUGGCCGACCUCAUGUCACGGAUGUUGACUCAACUCAAGUCAGCUUGGAGUGGGAUCCACCACAGAAGGACGGAGGAGCUCCAGUCGACGAAUAUAUUAUUGAAGUCAGAGACCCAGUAACUAAAGACUGGACCAAGAUCGCUACUUCCAAAGGCCCAGCUGCCACAGUUACUGGUCUGACUGAAGGAAAAGACUAUCAGUUCAGAGUUAAGGCUGUUAACAAGGCCGGACCAGGUCAGCCAAGUGAACCAUGCGAGAAAGUUAGGACUGAACCCAAGUUUGGUAAGUGUAAUAUUGAGAUAGAUUACUAUCUUGAAUAACAUCCAUUUUACUAAAACAAUGUACUGCUAGAAUAUAAAAACGUGUUUUAUAUCUAAAACAAUAUCAUUUUCAGUCCCCGCCUGGCUCAACCACGACGAUUUGAGAAGUAUUGUCGUAAAAGCAGGCCAAACUGCUCGCUGGACCGUUAAAAUUGGCGGCCGACCUGCUCCAGACGUGAAAUGGUUCAAGAACGACCAACAACUCGACCUCACCGCCACUCUCCAGAUCGAUGUGAAGAAGAACGAGAACACUAUCCUCUGUAUCCCUUCAACGGUACGUGCUGAUCGUGGCAAGUACAAGCUCGAGGUCAAAAACUCGCAUGGUCAAGACACAGAAUCUGCCGAUCUGAACGUUCUCGACCGUCCCUCCAAACCUCGAGGACCAUUGGAAGUAUCGAAUGUUGUGGAAGAUGGCCUCGACCUAUCGUGGAAGCCUCCAGAAGACGACGGUGGCGAGCCAAUCGACCACUACGAGGUGGAGAAACUGGACACAGACACUGGCAAGUGGGUACCAUGUGCCAAAGUCAAGGACACGAAUGCCCAGAUCAAGGGUUUGAAGAAGGGGCAACAAUAUCAGUUCAGAGUGAAGGCUGUCAACAAGGAAGGCGUCUCCGACCCGUUGGUCACUGAGAAUGCCACAACAGCCAAGAAUCCAUACGAUGAGCCAGGAAAGUGUGGAGCUCCAGAUAUUGUAGACUGGAACACCGAUCACAUGGACUUGGAAUGGGACCCUCCAGCUAACGUAAGUGUCUAAAACAAGGUUCGAGCCGAAAUUUCUAUUUUUCAACAACGUAAAAAGGGCGCAAAAUGCACGCGGGUUGCGGCGCCGUUUUAUACGAAACGAAAUAAAAAUAAAAAUAUUUUUGUAAAAUUAGACUGGCGACUUUAUGAAAGCUAAAAAACCCUUCAGAAACUUAAUUUCGAACAAAAAAAUUAAAAAAUAACAAUUUUAUAUUAUUAACAUUUAAAAUUAUUGAUUUCAGGAUGGAGGAGCCCCAAUCGAGAACUAUAUUAUCGAAAAGAAGGGCAAACACGACCGUGAUUGGAAAGAAUGCGCCAAAGUUGGCCCAGAAACCAAAGGCACAGUCAAUGGACUGAAAGAAGGAGAAGAAUAUCAAUUCAGAGUCAGAGCUGUUAACAAAGCUGGACCUGGAGAACCUUCCGAUCCUAGCCGAAAACAGGUCGCCAAGGCUAGAAAUUGUAAGUAAAACAGGUUGGAGAGGUCAGAAAAUGCAAGAAUUUUGUAUUUUGUGAUAAGCAGGAGUAGUCGGAAUAUUUUUUCUUUUAAUUUUAAGCUUUUAUUUUGGAUUUAUUACCUAAAUUUCUAAUUAUAGUGAGCCCGAAGAUCGACCGUUCCGCGAUGAAAGAAGUCACGAUCAAGGUCGGUCAGAACUUUGAAUUCAACGUUCCAGUUCAAGGAGAACCCCCACCGACUUACGUUUGGACCUUCAAUGAUAAGGAAUUGAAAACAGAAGACAAGAUCAGAAUCGUGAACGAAGACUACAAGACAUCGUUCACGCUACGGAACGCCGCCCGCGAACACGAUGGUAAAUACGUGCUUACCGCGACCAACACGAACGGUACGGACACGAACGGUGUCAUCGUUCACGUUCUUGGGAAGCCCACACCUCCAGGAGGUCCAUUAGAAGUGACAGAUGUUUUCGAAGACAAUGUCACGUUAGGAUGGAAGCCUCCAGAAGACGACGGUGGAAUGCCGAUCGAUUCUUACGAAGUGGAGAAGAUGGAUCUGGCUACGGGACGAUGGGUACCAUGUGGUCGUGUUGAUGGUAACCAGACCAGUAUCAAGGUCGGAGCUCUUCAGCCCGGCCACCAGUACCAGUUCAGAGUCCGAGCGGUGAAUAAGGAGGGAGAGUCCGAUCCUUUGACUACCAAAGACCCUACAUUGGCUAAGAAUCCUUAUGAUGCUCCAGACAAGAUGGACAAACCAGAUGUUGUGGAUUGGGACAAGGAUCAUGUUGAUCUGGAAUGGAAGCCUCCAGCUAACGAUGGAGGUGCUCCAGUCGAGGAAUAUGUCAUUGAAAAGGUGGGUCACACUUUGUUUGACUUACUAACUUAAUAUAUUUAACUUCGGUUUCAUUGGUACCACCUUACAGUACUUUUUUAAAUAUUAAGUUGAACCAAAAGUAGAGGGACAAACUAAAACGUGUCCUAAUACUUUUGGUUCAACCUAAUCUUUUUAAAAUGUAAAAUGACAUAACUUCCAGAAGGACAGUAACGGCAGAUGGGUAGAAGCCGAAAGAGUACCAGUUGGUACCACAAAGGCCACAGUUGGAGGUCUGACUCCAGGAGAAGAGUAUCAAUUCAGAAUUGCGGCCAAGAACAAGGGUGGUCUAGGAGAGUUCUCUGAUCCAUCUAACAGUGUUAUUGCCAAGCCUAGGAAUCGUAAGUUACUGUAACAAUAUUUUUAUCAUAAAAUGUAAAAAAAAGAUUCUUUCGUCUAAAUCAAUAUCGGAAAUUAAUAAAAAUGAAUGUUUUGUCUACUAUAACAUCAGACCUUUGAUUUAGAUUUUCUUUAUGGCACUGACUUUAAUAUAACUUUUCAGUAGCCCCACACAUUCACCGUGAAGACCUCGAAGACACCGUAGUGAAGGUCGGAGGUCAGGUCAAAUUCAAUGUCAACAUUGAUGGUGAACCCGCGCCUUCCGUGACCUGGACCUUCAACGGUAACACCCCAGAUGGCGUGGAGAUUGACGAUGUUGAUUACCUAUCCAAAUUCAACCUUGGCAAGGCUACAAGAAAACAAACUGGAUCUUACACAAUCACGGCCACCAACAUCAAUGGCACAGACUCGGUUACAGUAAAGAUUACGGUAAAAGGAAAACCAUCCAAGCCAAAAGGUCCUAUCAAGGUGUCAGAUGUGCAUGCUGAUCAUAUGAAUCUAGCAUGGGAACCUCCAGAAGAUGACGGUGGAGACCCGAUCGACCACUACGAGAUCGAGCGCAUGGAUACCCGUGACGGUAUCUGGCUACCGGUCGGAAAGUCUCCAGACACCAACUUUGUGGCCGACGGCCUCAACAAGGGCUCUCACUAUCAGUUCAGAGUCAGAGCUGUUAAUGCCGAAGGCAAAUCAGAUCCACUGGAAACUGAACAGGCAAUUGAAGCCAAGAAUCCAUACGAACGGCCAGACAAGCCAGGAACGCCAGAAGCCACCGACUGGGACGUUGAUCAUGUCGACCUCAAGUGGGAACCACCAGCCAACGAUGGUGGAGCCCCAGUCGAAGAGUACCAAAUUGAGAAGCGUACCAAGUAUGGACGAUGGGAACCAGCCAUUACAGUACCAGCUGAUAAGACCACGGCUACUGUACCAGAUCUGACAGCUGGAGAAGAAUACGAAUUCAGAGUUGUAGCUGUUAACAAGGGAGGACCAUCUGAUCCAUCAGACCCGUCCAAACCUGUUAUUACCAAGCCUAGAAAUUGUAAGUUUAUAGCAUAGUAGUUUUUGGGAAAUUAUUAUAUUGCUGUAGGUGUAAACAGUAAAAUACAAACUAAAAUACAGUAUAUUUGUCCGAAAACAAUAAUUAUUGUAGUACAGAGUAUUAAUACGUAUUUUAGUCAAUGUACUGUGAUGUUUAGGUAACAAAAUGAUAUAAAACCAUUUUAGUGGCCCCCAAGAUUGGCCCAUUAGAAGACAUUACCAUCAAGACCGGUCAGAUGAUCGCCUUUGACACAGAAGUCCAAGGAGAACCACCAGCUACUGUAACAUGGUUCUAUCCAGACGGCUCCGAAAUCAACGCCGGAGGCCGUGUCAAACUAGAAAACACAGAAUACCACACCAAACUUCAGAUUCGUUCCACAGAACGUUCGAACAGCGGAACAUACACAGUUAAGGCCACCAACGAGAACGGUGUCGAUACAGUAACCGUCAAGGUUUCCAUCGUAGGAAAACCAUCAGCUCCAGAAGGCCCACUGAACGUGACCGACAUCCACGCGGACCGCGUCACAUUGGACUGGAAGCCACCUGCUGACGAUGGUGGAAUCCCAUUGGAAGGCUACAACAUCGAGAAGUUCGACACAUCGUUGGGCCGCUGGGUACCCGCUGGAAAAGUUGGCCCUGACGAGACCAAGGCUACGGUAGAAGGCUUGAUUCCAGGCCAUGAAUACAAGUUCCGUGUAGCCGCUGUGAACGCUGAAGGCGAAUCUGAUCCUCUAGAGACGGAGAACAAAAUCACGGCCAAGGAACCCUGGGACCCUCCAGGCAAGACUGGCAAACCAGAUGUCACGGACUGGGACAAGGAUCAUGCUGACCUCAAAUGGACCCCUCCAACCGAGGACGGUGGCGCUCCAGUCGAGGAAUACAUCGUGGAGAUGAAGGAGAAGUUCUCUCCCAACUGGAAACCCGUUCUUACCGUACCCGCCGACCAGACCACGGCUACUGUAGACGGCUUGAACGAAGGAGAUCAGUACGAAUUCAGAAUCAUAGCCAAGAACAAGGCCGGCAAAGGACAGCCAUCUGAUCCGUCGGACAUGAUCACGGCCAAGGCCAGGAACGUGCCUCCAGUCAUCGACCGCAACUCCAUCCAAGAAAUCAGAAUCCGAGCCGGUCAGACGGCUCAUCUGGACAUUCCAGUAUCAGGAGAACCUCCACCGACCAUCGAGUGGGACUUUGAGGGUCGGCCGAUCUCCGACGACGACAGAAUCAAGGUGAACAACGAGGAAGACAACAAGACCAAGUUCACGAUCAAACGUGCUCUCAGAAGCGACACCGGAUCCUACAACAUUGUAGCCAAGAACGACAGUGGAACUGACCGUGCCGAGGUCAAGGUUACUGUGCUCGACAGACCAGGCGACCCACGAGGUCCAUUGAACAUCAGUGGAGUUCACAAAAAUGGCUGUAACUUGGAUUGGAAGCCUCCAGAAGACGACGGUGGAGCCGACAUCACUCACUACGUGGUCGAGAAGCAAGAUGCCUCGACCGGUCGCUGGACCGUCUGUGGAGAGCCGGCUGACACUAAAUUUGAAGUCACCGACCUUACUCCAGGUCAUGAGUACAAAUUCAGAGUGAAGGCAGUGAAUCGGUACGGUGAAUCCGACCCCUUGGAUGCUCUGAAGCCAAUCAUUGCCAAAGAUCCAUUCGACACGGCUGAUCGCCCAGGCACUCCAGACAUCGUGGACUGGGACAAGGACCACGCCGACCUCCAAUGGACCCCACCCCAAGAUGACGGUGGUGCUCCAGUCGAGACCUACGUCAUUGAGAAGAAGACUGGCAACGGAGACUGGGAAUACGCUACAGAAGUCCCGGCUGACAAAACAAAUGCUACAGUCGACGGACUGAUCGAGGGUAAACAAUAUCAGUUCAGAGUCAAGGCCGUGAACAAGGCCGGUCAGUCAGCACCAUCCGACCCUAGCCGAACUCUGAUCGCCAAGUCCAGACGAGUACCACCCAAGAUUGAUCGGACCAUGUUCGCCGACAUCAAGAUCAAGAAGGACACCAACAUUGACUUCAACGUGAACGUCGAAGGCGAACCAGCUCCCAAGAUCCAGUGGUUCCACAACGACGUUCUCUUAUCGACAGCUGGUCGUGUGAAGAUCGACAAUUCUCUGGAUAACAACACCAAGUUGAAGAUCAAAGAACCAGAACGCUUGGAGAGUGGCGUCUACAAGAUUGUAGCUACCAAUGAAUUCGGAAAAGAUGAAGCUGAAGUCAACGUCGUGAUUCUGGAUGUUCCCGGACAACCACGAUCGAUUAAUGCCAACGACGUGACCAAAGAUAGUGCUACCUUAACAUGGCACGCUCCAACAGACGAUGGAGGAUCUCCGAUUUCACAUUACGUGCUGGAGAAGCAGGAGGAUGGAGGACGAUGGGUUCCAGUAGGUUUUUGAGAUAUUGUUGUAGAGGUUUGGAAUGGUUAAGGUUUCUUUUUAAAAGGUAUUGUGUUUAUUACCUAAAAAAGGUCUUUAUUGAUUAAAAAAACUUUAUUGUUGCCUACAAACCCUAAACUAAUACCACAAUCUUCAGUGUGGUGAAACCCCAGACACACAGCUCCGUGUUAACCGCCUCAACGAAGGUCACGAGUACAAGUUCCGAGUGAAGGCGGUCAACAGACAAGGAGAGUCCAAACCGGUCGAAACCGACACUCCAAUCAUCGCCAAGAACCCAUGGACCGAGCCAGGAAAAGUACAAGAUGUACAAGUCGUGGACUGGGACAAGGACCACAUGGACUUGGAAUGGAAGCCACCAAUCAACGAUGGCGGAGCACCAAUCCAAGAGUACAUUAUCGAGAAGAAGGACAAGUUCGGAGACUGGACUCCAUGUGGUACAGUUUCUGGAGACCAAACCAAAGGUACCGCGACUGGAUUGGUCGCUGGUCAAGAGUACCAGUUCAGAGUUAAGGCUGUAAACAAGGCUGGACCAGGUGAACCAUCCGAUCCUACCGAUCCUAAGAUUGCCAAGCCUAGAAAGUGUAAGUUUUUGAGGAUUGUCUUUGUAUUUUUUGACCAGUUUAAGCAUAUAGAUAACAUCUAAAGAUUUAUAUUGUAAUACUUUUAUAGCUGGCUACACUAAUAAUCGAAUUUUUCUAUACUAAUCAUUAAAAUAAGCUAGUAUAAUAUAAAGAUGAAGCAUCAUAUGACUAAAAUCACAAUUUUAGUGGCUCCAAAGCUAAACAUUGCCGGUCUAACCGACUUGAGAGUACGUGCUGGUCAGCCAGUGCACUUGGACAUCACCUUUGAAGGAGAACCUCCACCGACCGUAACAUGGAAGGCCAAUGACAAGGAGAUUACCUCAUCGAACCGUGUAGAAGUUGUUGUCAAAGAUCAGUUCUCGGAAGUCACCAUCCCAUCUUCACAACGAUCCGACACUGGCUCAUACUCAAUCACAGUGCAAAACGAGUACGGUAUUGACACGGCCAAGUGUACGGUAACCGUAUUGGACGUGCCAACUCCACCAGAAGGCCCUCUGAAGCCAAGCAACAUUCACAAGGAAGGAUGCACGUUGUCAUGGAAGCCACCAACUGAUAACGGAGGCUCUGAGAUUGUAGCCUACGUUGUGGAGAAGUUGGACACAAGCAGAGGAACCUGGCAAGAAGUCGGCCAAUUCCCUGAUUGUGAAGCCAAGGUUACGAAGCUGACUCCGAACAAGAACUACCUAUUCAGAGUCAAGGCUGUCAAUCUGUUAGGCGAGUCCAAGCCUUUGGAGAGCACUGAUGAGAUCACUGCCAAGAACCAAUUCGGUAAGAAGACUUUAAUAAUUCGAAAAAAAAACUUGAUUAUCUUAACUAUGACAUAUUAACACAUUUUUGAUGCAAAAAUGAUAAACCUUUACUCUUCUUCUAAAUAACCUUAUUUUAGACAUCCCAGACCCACCAUCAGCUCCAGAAAUCGUCGAUUGGGACGAAGGCCGCAUCGACCUGGCUUGGAAACCCCCAGCCAAUGACGGUGGAGCUCCAAUCAAGCACUACAUCGUGGAACGCCGAGAGAAAGGCAAUCCCAACUGGAUUAACUGUGGUAACACUCCAGGCACGUCACUCUCUGUCACUGGCCUCAAACCAGGAACUGAGUACGAGUUCCGUGUUACUGCCGUCAACGAUGCCGGACCUUCCGACCCAUCUGAUCCAUCACGAUCUCAAGCAGCUAAAGCCAGGUAUCUGAAGCCGAAGAUCCUCACGGCCAACAGAAAACAAAAGGUCAGAGCUGGCAACGCCCUAACUCUAGAUAUCGACUUUGUCGGAGCACCAGAACCGAGUGUAAACUGGCAAGUUCAAGGCCUGGGCAGCUUGGCCCCCGAACUACUGGUCGAUAUCAAGCUGGGUCACACUUCCAUCUUCUUCCCAUCGACCAAACGUCAACACAGUGGCAGCUAUCAGCUGAACCUAAAGAAUGAGGUAGGAGAAGAUGAGGGAGUCUUCGAAAUCAUCAUCCAAGAUCGACCAAGCCCACCAGAAGGACCAUUGGUCGUAGACGAUGUGACCAAGAACUCAUGCACCUUAUCAUGGAACCCACCAAAGGAUGACGGAGGAGCUGAGAUUACUAACUACGUGGUGGAACGUCGUGAAAUCCACAGCAACAGCUGGGUACCAGUCUCAGACUUUGUUGUUGGUACUUCUUGUACCGUCGGCAAGCUCCACGAAGGCCACGAGUACGAAUUCAGAGUCUCAGCCCAAAAUGCCUUAGGCGUUUCGGACCCACUGGUCACAGAAAGCACUACCGUAGCCAAGGAUGCCUUUGGCACUCCAGGCAAGCCAGGAAAACCAGAAAUAACUGACCACGACGUGGAUCACAUCGACUUGAAAUGGACUCCACCAAGUGAUAAUGGAGGUAAGCCCAUCAGUCACUACGACGUCGAGAGGAAGGAUCAGAAGAGUGGACGAUGGGUCAAGGUCAACACCGCUCCAGUCCACGGAACCGAAUUCUCGGACACCAGGGUCCAGAAGGACCAUGGCUACGAGUACAGAAUCGUGGCAGUCAACGACGCCGGACCAGGAAAGCCAUCAGACCCGUCUGACCUGGCCUUUGCCAAGCCAAAACACCUCGCUCCAGCCUUCGAACUUGACAUUGAUGGAAAGGAAGUUAGAGUACGUGUGGGAGAGCCACUCGACCUCAACAUUCCGUAUGUCGGAGCUCCACAGCCAGAGAUCACGUGGACAAGAGAAGGUCAGAAGGUCGCUGGAGUCAACACAAGCCCAGAAUUCACUCGUCUUUACAUUUCUGAGAGCAAACGAUCAGACACUGGCCAAUUCAAGAUCGAAGCCGUCAACGAUCAAGGCCGAGCUGAAGCCAGAGUCUUCAUCAACGUCGUCGAUCGUCCAGGACCUCCAGAAGGCCCAAUCACUUACCCAACAACUACUAGAAGAUCCAUCACAUUGGCCUGGAAACAGCCCAAAGACGACGGUGGAGCUGAAAUCAUCGGCUACAGAAUCGAAUAUCAAGAAGUUGGAUCAACCAUCUGGGACAAGGUCUCCGACACUACCACACUGCUGUUCCACACCGUCAGGAAUCUGGAGAACGGCAAACAAUACCGAUUCAGAGUAUUCGCGGAGAACGUUGUUGGUCUGAGUACGCCGUUAAAUGGAGAUCCAUGCACUGCCAAGGAUCCAUUCAACCCACCCGGCCCACCAUCCACUCCAGAAGUCACUGGCUACGACACCAACAUGGUGGCCUUGAAAUGGAAUCCACCUCGAGAUGACGGUGGAGCUCCAGUCCUUGGCUAUGUCGUGGAACGCUUCGAGAAGAAGGGCGGAGGCGACUGGGCCCCCGUACCAGGCAUGCCAAUGGUCAGACUAACAUCGUGCAAUGUGACUGGCCUAGCCGAAGGAGAGACCUACCAAUUCCGUGUCAGAGCUGUGAAUGCUGCUGGAGAAGGUGCACCAUCAGGAGGAUGUGAACCAGUCACCUGCCGACCAUUCAUGACUCCACCAAACGCCCCAGACCAGCCUCGUGUUAUGAAGGUAACCAAGAACACGGUCGGACUCAGCUGGAACCGUCCCAUCAACGACGGCGGUGCUCCAAUCGAAGGCUACAUUGUUGAAGCCAGAAAGGUUGGCGAAGCUGACUGGGGACGACCGAACGGAGACAAGCUGAUUCGUGGUACUCAGUUCACGGUCGAUGGUCUGACAGAGAAGACCGACUACGAAUUCAGAAUUGUCGCAGUCAACAAAGCUGGCGAAUCAGACCCAUCCAAGCCUUCAGACUCCGUCUUUACUCAAGACCAACCAAGCCGACCUCUUCUCGACCUCUCAGGCCUCAAGGAUAUUACAGUACGUGCUGGUGAGACCAUUACCUUCACCAUCCCCUACACCGCCGGCAGUGCCAAGCCAACCGUCGACGCCUUUAAUGCCGGCAAACCCAUCUUCGAAGACGACCGUACCACUAUCGAGGUACAGGAUGACAAGAUCGUGUUCACCACCGUCAACUCCAGAAGGUCCGAUGCCGGUCCCUACAAGUUGGUCGUGGAGAACCGGUUUGGCAAGGACUUUGCCAAACUCAAGGUCAACGUUCUCGACGUUCCCGGCAAACCACAAGGGCCGCUGUCCUUCUCGGACAUCUCGGGAGAAGCCAUCACAAUGCAUUGGAGCCGACCACUGGACGACGGUGGAGCACCAGUCACCAACUACGUCAUCGAGAAGAAGAAUCCACGAACUGGAGAGUGGGAGAAGAUCGGCACUUCGACCGGUACCAACUUCAGAGCACGCAAUCUGGUCAACGGAUCCUCGUACGAUUUCAGAGUACGUGCUGAGAAUCAGUACGGUGUUGGCGAGCCUCUGGAUGCUGACAAUUCUGUCGUAGCCAAGAAUCCAUUCGAUCCUCCUGGACCACCAGGCCAGCCAGAACCAGUACAAACCUCGGACGAAGCCAUUACCUUACAAUGGACUAGACCACUCACUGAUGGAGGUGCUCCAAUCAGUGGCUACGUACUAGAGAAGAGAUUGUACGGAUCGAAUGACAGAUUCGAGAAGGUCACAUUCGGCAACAUCACAGACACUCGCUACCGUGUAACUGGUCUGGUCCCACAAAAGACCUACGAGUUCCGUGUAGCUGCUGUUAAUGCAGCUGGCCAAGGGGAAUAUAGCGAGAACUCUGUACCUAUUGUAGCCGCUAAGGCCGCCUCCAAGCCCAACAUCAACAUGGGAAUGUUGGCCAGAGACUUGACUGUCCUAGCUGGCGAACCAGCCAACCUUUUGGUACCAUACGCGGCUAGUCCAAGACCAGAAAUCAGCUGGACUAGAAACAACAUUCCAGUAGAUGAGAAGAACAGUAGAAUCGUUCUAGAAUCCAACGACUACAUGACUCAGCUCACCUACAAGAAGUCAGAACGCGGAGAUUCCGGCACCUACACCAUCAAACUCGAGAACGACGUCGGAUCUGACAGUAUCGACAUCCGCUUCAAGGUGGUCGACCGACCAGCUCCACCAGAAGGACCACUCGAAGCCGAUGACAUCUCUCCAGACGCCUGUAAACUGAUGUGGAAGGAGCCGAAGGACGACGGAGGCUCUCCGAUCACCAACUACAUCGUGGAGAAGCUACAUGUCCGUGGAGGUAACGAUAGCUGGGAGAAGGCUUCAUCGUUCGUCAGAGACACCAAGUGUCUGGUUACUGAUUUGGUCGAGAAUGAACGCUACAGAUUCCGUGUUCGCGCCGAGAAUCAGUACGGUAUCUCCGAACCUUUGGAGAUGACAGACCCAAUCGUAGCCAAGUACCAAUUCAACGUACCAAGCCAGCCAGAUCCACCAGUGUGUCGCGAAACCGACCGGAACUGGGCCGAAGUCGAGUGGGAUCCACCACAAUCGAACGGUGGCUCCAAGAUUCUGGGCUACAACCUACAAUACCGUGACUCACACUCCUACAAAUGGGUAACAGCCAACAAGGAGUUGAUCACGGACACCCACUUCCGUGCCCACAACCUGAGGGACCUUGGCGAGUACGAAUUCAGAGUUAUUGCGAAGAAUGCAGCCGGCUGGAGCAAGCCCUCCGGACCGUCCGAGAGAAUCCAACUCAAGGAACGGCACGGCCCUCCAGGCCCACCAAUCCAGGUCCACGCCGAGUCCAUUGGCCCCAACUAUGUCACGAUCACAUGGCAAGCCCCAGCAGACAACGGCGGCUCCAAAAUCAGCGGCUACGCUGUGGAGAAGCGCGAGUACGGUACCAAUGUGUGGGAGAUGGUCAACGACUACAACGUUGUCAACCCCGAAUUCACCGUCCCCAACCUCAAGGAAUACCACGACUACGAAUUCCGUACCAUCGCCAUCAACUCGUACGGUAGAGGCCCACCCUCACUGCCUUCUGCUCCUAUAAAGAUUCAGGAGUUGGCUGGUUCCAAGCCACAAAUUGUUGUGAAGCCGGCUGACACUGCCAGUCCAUACAACAAGAGAGCUGUCUUCUCAUGCGAAGCCAUCGGACGGCCAAUACCAACGGCACGGUGGCUGAAGAACGGCCGUGAAGUCCCAGAAGGACCACGCUAUCGUACCGAAGUCCAAGACGGCAUCUAUCGUCUUAUCAUCAAAGAGGUAUGGGACAUUGAUGCUGGUGAUUACACUUGUGAACUCACCAACGUCUUCGGAUCAGACACCGCUACAGCCACGCUGAAGGUACAGGCUCCACCAGUCAUCGAGAAACAGGUACCAAACGCCGUCUACCCAGAAGGCGACAUGGUCAGAAUCAAGGUAUACUUCAGUGGAUCUCCACCCUUCGAACAUUCCCUCACCCUCAACGGUAACGACAUCAACCUGGACGGUCCCUCGAUUAGAAUGGUUGAUUUCGAUGACCACGCUCUUAUUACCAUACCAGAACUCCACGCCUACGAAACCGGACGCUACGAAUACACGGUGAAGAACGAGUCGGGAGAAGACUCGAUCGGCUUCUGGAUCAACGUCACCGGUCUUCCAUCGGCUCCAGAAGGCCCGCUAGUCAUCUCUAACGUCGAUCAACAUCAAGCUACGGUCAGCUGGAAGCCUCCAAUCAACGACGGUGGCUCCAGAAUCUCCAACUACGUGCUGGAGAAGAAGGACCUGGCUCGUGACGAAUGGGUUGUGGUUGCUUCAGCCAUCCGAGAAUUGAACUUCAUCGCCGCAGGGCUCUUCGCCGACCACGAGUACGAGUUCCGAGUAUCAGCUUGCAAUCACAAUGGCCAAGGUCCUCCACUCGUUUGUGACGCUCCAAUCAUCGCCAGAUUACCGUUCGGACCUCCAAGUCAACCCAAUGAUGCCGCCAUUGUUGAUGUUGGUUCAGAGUUUGCUGUUCUGUCAUGGACAAGAUCGGAAAGAGACGGAGGAGGCAGAGUUCGUGGCUACAUGAUCGAGAAGAAGGAAACUGGAACCGGUAAGUAAAAAAUUUGAAAAAGCAGGUAAAAACAAUGUUACCUAAAAUCUAAAUAUUGAGUUUUGGAAAAAUUUUCACAAAAAAUGGCAGUAAUAACAUUUGUUACCUAAAGUAAUAUAUUUUGAAAAACGACCUAUAAAAGCCGUAAAACCUUUCGAAAAAAAACUUAAUUUUGAAAUUUCAAGCAAGAUUUCCUAAAAUUUAUUAAUUUUUCAAAGGCAUAUCCUUAAAAAUUCGCAUUGGAAUUUUUCGUGUCGGGACCAAACUGACCUUGUGAUGUUUUUAGAUUUCUGGCAAAAAUGUACUCAAGCACCAUCACCAAGCACUUCAUUGAAUGUCAGCAACUUGAUUGAAGGCCGUAAAUACGACUUCAGAAUCUUUGCUGUCAAUGACGCCGGAAUCUCGGAGCCAGCCAUUUUGUAAGUCAUGGAUAAUAUCGAAAAAUUAAGGUUUUUUCGGGUUUGAGGCGUUUAAAGGGGUUUAAUGAUCAUAUUGUUUAUUACAUUUUAUUGCGGUCGUAAAUUAAAUAGAGGAUAAGUCAAGUGAGGCCAAGGUUUUAAUGAAAGAAUGCAGUCUAUAGAACUUUUUGACAAUUUAAUGUUGGAUUUAUUUACGAUACUGUCUUUACAGGGAAGCUUACGAAUUCCGACCAUCAGCCGGAGGCAAAGGACCAGAAUUUGUAUCGCAACUUGUCGAUCAGUACGGUGCUGAACGAGGCAAUGUCAAGUUCGAAUGUGAAGUCGAAGCCGAACCAAAACCUGAAAUCCAAUGGUUCAAAGGAAGCAAGGAGCUGGUCGACACGUCCAAGUACACCCUCUUGGACAAGGGCAAGACUCAGACCUUGUUGAUCAACAACUUGCGACUCGAAGACGAAGAUGAAUAUACCUGCAAGGCCACAAACUCGAUGGGCUCCAGAAUCACUCGAGGACAACUGAAAUUAAGCUCGAAGCCUCGAUUAUUCGUACCACCCAAAUACCAUUUGGGAGUGGAGACGGAGAGUGGCAACAACUUGGAACUUGUCAUUCCAUACAAGGCUUAUCCCAAGCCGACUGCCACUUGGGUCAAGGAUAACAACACCAAACUGGAGAAUGGUGGAAAGUACUCGAUUACUGUGGAUGAGAGGUAGGAAAUGGGUGCAGAAUUCUAGGAAAAUGAAUUUUAAUUUGUAUUUUAGUACCGAAAGCUUUAAAAUUUUAAAAAUUAGAGCUCUUCGUAAUGUAAAGUAACAUAAAAAACUUUUACAAAGUAAAAAUUCAAAAAAAUUGAAAUUAAAAUUAAAAUUCUUUUCAGAAACGUUGUGUUGACGGUAAAGAACGCCGAUCGAUCGGACGCUGGUGACUAUCAGGUAUCUCUUCACAAUCCAGUAGGAACAGACCGUGGAGAAGUCAAGGUGACUGUAGCUGACAAACCAGAAGCCCCACGAUUCCCAGCUAUCGAAAAUGUCUUGGACGAAGCCGUCAUCCUCUCAUGGAAGCCGCCACUUCUUGACGGAGGAGCACUCGUUACAAGGUAGGGUUGGGUUAUGAUUAACAUUAUGAUAUAGUAGUUCUUCUUAUGUUUUUGCAUGUUUUUUGGUAAAGAUAGGGGUUUUUUAUAUUAGGCUUUGUGGAGUAGGUAUAGAGGUACAUUAUGUUUAGUUUGACAUCAAAAAGUUCAAGGUUAAACCGCUAAUUUUAAUAAAAAUAGCAAGAAUAGAGUAUAAGUGGUCAUGGAUAAUAUAUUCUUUUAGAUAUUUCGUGGAAAAACGUGAAGGAGGAAGUGGAAACUGGACGGAAUGUGCUCAUUCUCGAUUCACCUACCUUACUAUCGAAGGUCUUCGCCCUCAACAUAGCUAUGAAUUCAGAAUCAAAGCCGAAAACAAGUACGGUAUCAGUGAGCCAUGCGAGCCCACCUCGUCUGUCGAGAUCCCAACCUCACGAACUCGACGAAAGAACUACGAUUGUAAGUAAAAUACGUUAAUCUGUUUGGAGAAUUUUUAUUUGGUUAUAUUAGGUUGUUCAAAUAAUUCUGAGCCUUUCUCACUGCAAAUGUUUGGGGUUAGGGAGCACAAAAUUAUUUGAACAACAUGAUAGCUAUAUUACAGUAGACUAUAACAUACUUUUAGUGGAUGACACGGGCAAACUCAUCCGAGGCCAAGGCCGAAUGCAACAGAACUAUGACAAAUACGGUAGGUUCGAGUGGAUUACUGUAUUUUUGUUAGGUUUUUGACUGUUUUUUAGUUUCGAAAUGAUAGAAGUUUGAAUUUUUUGAAAUUGUUUUGAUGCUAUAGUUACUACAGUAUAGUAUCACGAAGCUAUAGUAUAAUAUCACUGUGAAUGUCCUUCUUUACUGUCACGCACAAGCACGAGUUAUUUGUGAAUAUAAUCAAUUAAUAUGUCAGUAAAAUCUAACAUCUAUGUUUUGUUAAGUAUAUAUUACGGUAGAGAACAGUAAUGAUACGGUAGUGCACAGUAACCGCUACAAUUGCUUAAUUAUUAGGUUGUUCAAAUAAUUAUGAGCUCUCUCUCAAAACAAUUUUUUUUGGGUUUGGGGCACAGAAUUAUUUGAACAAUCUAUUAUAUACAUUUUGUUAAUUUAGUGUUGAUUGUUUACAUUCCGUCAGCUUACUAUUGAUUAUUUGAAUUUCGUUAACUCACUAUUGAUUUUUCGAAUUUUUGAUGGAAAUGUUGCAUUUUAUAUAGGAAAAUAGUUUUAAAAAAAAUUUUUGAAUUAUUUGUGGCACUUUGUUUAACCACAAUUGAGUUUUGGACUCAGUAUUGUAACAUAUAUUACUGUAGCCUACUUGUGUGUUUAUUAGUAUAUAAAACAAGUUUUUUUGUAUAACAUGUCUCUCUGCCAUUCACAGUCGUCCGUCCUUCUCACUGUAGUUUUGUUUAUGUUUUUUGACUAUUUUUGAGUUUAUACCUAUAUGAAUUUAGUUGGUUCGGUCCUCCCAUCCGCGUCGAGCACGUCACGCUCCACGUUCGGCGCGUCGUUCCUCGCGCCGCCCUCGUCGUUCGAUUUGGCACGGAAACGCAGCUCACCCAACAUACCAUCCUUCUUUUCCCGAUACUAA